UAAAGACCUUAAUAAUAUCUCCCAAAGGUCCCCCAGUGCUGCAAUUUAGAGGGAGGGGGAAAUACAACAGGAAAUUCACUGAUCAGGGGGAAUUGUUACGAGUUUCCCGUUGAGUUUGGAUGGGAGCAGUUACAAGUCCUGAUCAGGCACAGGUAACGUAAAGAAUGGCUUUUUCUGCAUGGAUCCGGUAUAUUGCUGUCGUUAUUUUGAUUGGAUGUUGUUCCUGCAAGUUUGUACUGAUAACAGAUCAUAGAAAUGCGCCGAAAGAAAAAGGCGGACAAAAGGAACGCUCCUCAAAGCAACGCCCGUCUAAGGUUCGGAUGUCUUCGAGUUCUCGCUCCCUUACUGAUAUGACAGAGCUGGGGCUGAUAGGACAGGGCCAGAACGGCCAAAUAUUUGAAACCCUUCUGUCCGAUAACAGCGAUGGUGUAUCUGCUCCACGACAGAGCAUCGAGAAUUUCAUCGACAGCUUUAGCACCUUAUUUCGUCCAAUUUCUGUACCACAAACUAUCAUAUCCAACACAGAUGACAACGCCGUCCCUGGCGACGACGUGAACUUCAUACAAGGCGUAUCUACCUCACUGCGACGUGGCUCAGGUAACAUUGUCCCGUCGGACAACGUGAUUGGUAGGGCAAGAGUUUCUCCUGGCCAAAGACAGAUUUCGAUGCUUCCAUCUGAUAUUAGUGACGACACACUAGUGCAGACUCUCGGGAGAAUGACCUCACGUGGUAUUGGUGGGAUGGUGAGUAGAAUGUCCGACGGAAUUAGUUUCGACGAUACCAGAUCAGCAGAAAGUAUCUUAGGACAAAGUAACGCUUUUAAUGACGUCUUAUUCGCUGAUACAGACCAAAGUCGAAGAGAAGGUGGACCUGUCAUGAGAGGAGGAAAUGAUGGCACAUCCAUUAUCAAUCAACGUGUAAGACUGGCCCCGGUAUCUAUCUCAGGGCAAAGUCGACCUUCAGUGCGAAUCAGAGGAGACAUGCGCUCUAGUCAGGUACAAGGCACAAGUUCUGAUAUACAAGGUAGCAACAUAGUUGACCGCAACUCGUUAUUCAACACUGGAUUCGAUGAAUUAGGAGAUGCAAGAGGCGCCAAUAUGUUAGUACCAACUGAAGAAAGACUUAACCAAGUCUCGACUCUCCGCACUGAUGCAACCAAUGCUGGAAGGGUGGGUGCUUCAUCUCUUGGGAAUAGCCUUAUUUCUAAUCUCUUGUCUAGAAUUUUUAGUACGCCUUCUGGGGACAAUGAUGCUUCACUCACCGUCAUUGAUAAUGCCCUUAGUGGUAUAGAUGCUUCUCAAAGUGAAAACGGCGGGGAUCAACUUUUUACCCGCAUGGCUACAGAUAACAGAAUCACAGGCGAUGGUCAGGCUGCAUCGGGAGGUCAAGAAAGAGAAGUAAGAUUUAACGACGUUGGGGAUUUCAAUACUGGCGAUAUUGGUUCAACUGGUAUGCAAGAAUUAUCCCGUGAAAGAGAAUCAGGCUUUGAUCAGAAAAAUAGAAGACAGGACUGGAGCACAGAAGUCGAGAGGGGCCAGCGUAUUAACGAUGGUAAUAUCGGCUUCGGUUCAAAAGCAAGGAAAGACGAGCAAUCCGAAAACCGUCUUCAAGGCAGUAAACGUCAGGGCAGCGCAGUUAUUAAAGGAAGUAGAAUGGAUUCAAGGGAAGGCAGUAGAAGAAUAUCUCCGACGAAGACACGUCCAUCUAAGAAGGGUACUGGCAUGUCUGUAAAUGUUAGAAAUAUGAUUGGUAGACAGUUCAAAACCGAUACGGACGAUUCUAGGAAAGUUGACUCGACAAAAACAGAUUUUGUAUCUCGUGGUCCGUACAUGGUAUUUCAAACAAGCAAACCAACGAGAACCAAAACUGAUGGUUCAAACAAGUUUGGUACAUCCGGACUCCCAUCUAGUGCAUCUACAAAGGGAAGUGCAAGUAGCCCAUUCAGCGGAGCAGGAAGUAGUGUUGCAUCUGGAAAACAAAUCGGACGACCUGCCAGUCAAACUCCAGUCAGUUCUUUCCAAACCCUUAAUGAUGGAUCUGUCAAUGGUGACAGUUUCCGAAUGCAGUUCGGUGCUUCAGGGUCCAUGCAGAGCACUUUGUCAUCUGGAUUUCCCAGAAACACUUUGUUGACGCAGGGAAAUACAGCAAUUUCUUCUCGUUCUUCAAGUGCUCGGGUUGGAAAUGGUCAAAGCUCUACUAGAACAACAAGUCCCUUUUCUUCUGUGUUAGGGGGCGGCGGAAGACCAGGUGUCCCCGUUAGAGUAUUUAUGAUUCUUCCUACUAGAGCGAGUGGAUCGAGAACUGGAGUGACAGCUAGUCCCUCUGCAAUAGAAACGUCUAGAACACGUGUAGGCCAAGUAUCCGGAUUUAAUCCAAGUCGGGGCUCUCCUUUCGGUAUGUCCGGUGUCUCAAUGGGAAGUACUUCCAAUCUUGGUGGCACAAGUUUACUUAACAGAGGCAACAACAGAGCGGGAGGUAGGCCAAUAUCAACUUUGUUUGGCAACAAAGGAACUGCUAGGGGCACGGGUUCGUUUUCUGGAAGAAUUUCAGCAGGCAGGGAUGGAAAUGUCUGGACCAGCUCUGGUGCGACUCUGAUUAAACCUGGACAAGGGACCUUUCAAGGCCGUAUGAAGAUGCCAACAGGUGGAACAUACUAAGUGCCAACCAAACACAUCGCAGGUGUUCUGAUUAAAUGUGGCGUGCAUGGACGACAUCCGUGACAUCAAUAUAACAUUGUCCAUAUAUUUGAUAUAACAAUAAACAACAAAUCUCGGGUUCCUGUGUUUUUAAAGUUCCAUCAACGCAACAAUCUUUUCAUUCAAAAAAUAAUUCAUAUUUGAAUUUGGACAGAUUUCAUAAGAAAUCGUACACAGGGUAACAUUUUGGGGGAAUGUGUAAAUGUAUAGCUGUUCUAGUUUAAAUGGUUCAGUGUGUCAUUGUUUAUUCACUAUUCUAAAAUUUUGACGAACUAUGAAGGGUUUUUUUACCAUUGAUAAAUUACACUUAUUUUUUAUGUGAGAUACAAAUACAGUUAUUGAAGAAAUCUACGCUCGUCAUUGUCCGGUGUUCAAUCAUCAUCUUUUUAAUGCCGAUAUAAUCAUCGUUCUGGUGAUUCUCGUGGAGUAAAGAAAAGCAUUUCA